ACCAGACAUCAAUCCAGGUUCUCGACAUCUUUCUAAACAAGUCUCUCCUAUUUCAAACUUUGCCACGUGAAGGGAAGCCGGAGAUGGAGACCCUUCAAGAAAUGCCUUCCCCUGUCUGCCAAGGGAUGGUUUGUUGAAAUCAGUGUCACUUCACUGCCAGGAAACCCAAGAAGCUCCAUUCAGCAUUUGUGAGCGGUAAAGGCUAUGGCCCUUUCAGCUGGAUGCUGAGGGGAGGAAGAUGAGAACACAAGGUUAACUCUAGUCAAUCAGACACCAGUGUCCUGAAGUGCCUCCAUGAAUAAUUGAUUGUUCUCUUUGGGAUUCACGUUGUCAUGGAAACUGAAAGAGGAACCAGGCUAUCUAGGUAUGAAGUGAAGUUUCUUUGGGUCUCUCUCUCCCUUCAGCAGCUAAGAGCUGGAGCUACCUUUGGCAGGUGCUUAUAAGAUCUUACAUUGACUCUGAGAUGAAUUAUCUGGCACUGGGUCUUCUGCUGUCCCUGCAGUUCUUUUCUUUGAUCGAUGGCCAGAACAGCCUCCAGCGCAUCAUCGGGGGUUACAUAGUGGCGCCACAUUCCUCCAAGUACCUGGUGUCCCUGAAGAGGAAGACGGGCUUCCAUUUCUGUGGCGGGUCGCUGGUCAGCCGAAGCUGGGUCCUGACGGCUGCUCACUGCAAAACUGAAAUUAACCAGAUGAUGAUUGUCGCUGGGGAAUAUUCUCUCUCCACUUUUGAAGGCACAGAGCAGAUCUUCCGGCCCUCUCGGAUGGUGGUUCAUCCGGACUACAGCUCCGCUUCCAAAAAUGCAGACAUCAUGCUGAUUAAGCUGAACAGGCCGCUGGUGCAUAACGCUUUUGUUUCCAUUGUGCCACUCCCCCAGCAAGGAGCGGUGGUGAGGGAAGGCCGCUUCUGCCAAGUCUCUGGCUGGGGUUACACCACUCCCAUGGGUGGAACGGCUUCGGACACCCUACGCAGCGUGCGCCUGCCUAUCAUCUCUUCUGGGAAGUGUAACAGCACAGCCUCCUAUGCGGGAUACAUCACCAAGAACAUGAUCUGUGCCGGGUUCAACACAGGGGGCAAAGAUGCCUGCCAGGUACAGCCGCCCUCCUUAAUUCUGCAGAAGAAGCUGCAAGUUCAAACCUCUCCUCUGGGGAGAACGUGUCCCGCUAGCGCGCCAGCUAUACCCAAGCUGCCGAGAACCAUCCUGAACGGCGAGGCACUCGGUGGCAGAUGGGUCUUUAGAUCCGCUGGGUCCCAUAAAAAAGAGUCCAUCCGUUAAAAAGCAUCUCCUGCCUCCUCCACAUCUGACAGGAAACUAGUACUUUUCUAGACAGACUUGGAAGACACAAGCCAAUAGUGACGAGUGAGUUUGGGGGCUCUCAAAUGUUGGGUGCCCAGUACACCUUUAAAAGAACCUGGUUUCCUGAGGAUGUACGUUCUGGGAGAAAAAUCAGGCUCUUCUCAGGGGACCACGUGGGGCACCCAAAACCACCAGUCCCUUUUGAAAAUCUUGACCACCAUUACUGCGGCCAGUGGACAGCGUCAUGGGAGGGGAUCUGGAGAAAAAUGCUUGCACAGAGACACAGCAGUCAGUUGUCCUCCGUGCUGCCUUGUUCUCAAGUUCCCAUAGAGUUAAAGCCUUGAUCACACAGCUCCUAACUGGAGAUGACUCACGCUCGGAAUUGAAGCACAGAGGGUGGGUGGAGAAGGCGGAUCUAUUUUUAUAGCAAGAAGAACAAAAUGGCAAGCUAG